AUGACCACCCCGGCGGGCUCCGGCACGGGCUUCGGCUCCGUGUCCUGGUGGGGCCUGUCCCCGGCGCUGGACCUGCAGGCUGAGAGUCCUCCUGUGGACCCGGACCCGCAGGCCAGUCCAGAGCCCGGGACCCCCGAGCUGGAGGUGCUGCUGCUGGGUUCGGUGGACGGGCGCCACCUGCUUCAAACCCUGGCCCGAGCCGCGCGAUGGCCACGCAGGAGGUUUCACUUCUACGUGCUGGAGAAUAACCUGGAAGCCGUGGCCCGACACAUGCUGUUCUUCAGCCUGGCCCUGGAGGAUCCCGAGAAGAUGGGGCUGCAAGAGCGGAGCGAGGCCUUCCUGGAGGUGUGGGGGAACGCGCUGCUGCGCCCCCCGGUGGCCGCCUGCGUGCGCGCCCAGGCCGACCGCCUGGCCCGCCUGGUGCCCGAGCCCGACCGCCUGGCGGAGCAGCUGCCCUGGCUGAGCCUGCGCGCCCUCAAGUUCCGGGAGCGGGACGCGCUGGAGGCCGUGCUCCGCUUCUGGGCGGGCGGGGAGCAGGGCCCCGCCGCCUUCCCGAUGCGCCGCCUCUGGGACCUGCGGCUGCGCCACUACCUGGGCUCCCGCUACGACGCCCGGCGCGGGGUCAGCGACUGGGACCUGCACAUGAAGCUGCACGACCGCGGGGCCCGCGUCAUCCACACCACGGAGUUCAGGCGCUGGCGGGACACGGGCGUCGCCUUUGAGCUCCGGGACGCCAGCGCCUACCAGGUGCCCAACCGCACCCUGGCGUCCGGCCGCCUGCUGAGCCACCGCGGGGAGCGCGUGGCCGCGCGAGGGUACUGGGGGGACAUCGCCACGGGGCCCUUCGUGGCCUUCGGCAUCGAGACGGAGGACGAGAGCCUCCUGCGGACCAACAACGGGCAGCCCGUCAAGACUGCGGGCGACAUCACUCAGCACAACGUGACGGAGCUGUUCCGCGCACUGGCCGCCUGGGGGCCCCCGCGCGCCACCCAGGUAGACCCCCAGGAGGUGCCGGGCACCGCGAAUGGAACCGGGGAGCCUGCCCCUGGCCCGGCGCCCUUCACCCUCCACUUCCUGCCCCUCGGCGCUGACCAGACCCUCCACCGCAAGAGCUGCUACCAGGGCCGGUUCCCGCUCCUCUACGUGGCCUGUGGGAUGGUGCAUCUUCUCAGCCCUGAGCUGGGGGCCUGCGUGGCCCCUGGGGGACGCCUGGUGGUGGAGUUAGCCCGGUACCUGGUGGACGUGCGGCCGGAGCAGCUGCAGGCAUUCUCCGACCGGGUCGGGGAACUGGCUCAGGCAGCUGGAUUCGCCCCCCAGCCCGGGGCCGGGCCCUCUGAGACCUUCGCGCGCUUCUGCAAGUCCGGGGACUCAGCUCCCGGAGACCUGGCGGUGGAAUCCGGGACUCCGCCCCAUGAUGCCCUGGCCCCUCCCCCUGAUGCCCUAGCCCCUCCCCCUGAUGCCCUGACCCCGCCCCUUGACUCCCUGGCUCCACCCCCUGAACCCCUGGCUCCGCCCAUCGAUGUCCUGGUCCCGCCCACUGAUGACCUGGCUCCACCCCCUGAAACCCUGGCUCUGCCCACUGA